AUGGCCUACACUCUCGGCUCGACCGCCGACGGCCAGGCGCUCGGCGUCGGGCCGCAGCACUGCGUCACCCGGGUGGAGCUGUCCGUCACCGCCGCCAGCCUGCUGGACCGAGAUGUGGCCUCCAAGUCGGACCCCUUCUGCGUGCUCUUCCACGAGGUGGAUGGAAACUGGGUGGAGCUCAGCCGCACUGAAACAGCUGUGAACAACCUGAACCCAGUGUUUGGGGUGAAGUUCCAUGUGGACUACCACUUUGAGGAGAUCCAGAAGCUUCGCUUCACCAUAUUCGAUGAAGACAAGUGUGCCACGCAGCUCUACGAACACGACUUCCUGGGAGAGUUAAUUUGCACAUUGGGAGUGAUUUUGUCCAAUAAGAAACUUCACAGGCCGUUGGUCUUAGCCAAUGGGAAGCCAGCUGGCAAAGGAUCCAUCACGAUAACAGCUCAGGAGCUGUCUGACAACAGAAUCAUCACGCUGACCCUGAGUGGGCGUAAACUGGAUAAAAAGGACUUCUUUGGGAAGUCAGACCCCUACCUGGAGUUUCACAAACAGGGAGACGAUGGCAAAUGGAUGCUGGUGCACAGGACUGAGGUCAUAAAGAACACUUUGGAUCCAGCGUGGAAACCGUUUACUGUGCCGCUCAUUUCUCUCUGCAAUGGAGAUGUGGACAGAAACAUCAAGGUCCUGUGUUACGACUAUGACAAUGAUGGAGGCCACGACUUCAUCGGAGAGUUUCAAACCACGGCCGCCAAGUUGAGUGAAGCCCAGAACUCAGUGGAGGUGGAGUUUGACUGCAUCAACCCCAAGAAACAGAAAAAGAAGAAGAAUUAUAAGAACUCUGGCUUCAUCAUUGUCAAGUCAUGUAAGAUUACAAGAGACUACACUUUUCUGGAUUACAUCCUCGGAGGGUGCCAGCUCAUGUUUACAGUCGGUAUCGACUUCACGGCAUCUAACGGGAACCCUCGAGAGCCGUCCUCCCUCCACUACAUCAACCCGUUGGGCAGCAACGAGUACCUCACUGCCAUUUUAGCCGUGGGACAAAUCAUACAGGACUAUGACACCGACAAAAUGUUUCCUGCUCUGGGAUUUGGAGCUCAACUCCCACCAGACUGGAAGGUGUCACACGAAUUUGCCAUCAACUUUAACCCCACCAACCCGUUCUGUUCAGGUGUGGAGGGUAUAGCCCAGGCCUACUCCGCCUGCCUCCCUCACAUCCGCUUCUACGGCCCAACAAACUUUGCUCCAAUCAUCAGCCACGUGGCACGUUUUGCUGCCCAGGCCCUUCAACAGGAGAACGCAGCGCAGUAUUUCACUCUCCUCAUUAUAACCGACGGUGUCAUCAGCGAUAUGGACGAGACGCGUCACGAAAUCGUCCAGGCGUCGAAGCUUCCCAUGUCCAUCAUCAUCAUCGGUGUGGGCAACGCGGACUUCGUUGCCAUGGAGUUCUUGGAUGGAGACGCCAGCGUUUUGAGGUCCAACGCGGGAGAGGAGGCUGUUCGUGACAUUGUGCAGUUUGUCCCUUUCAGAGAUUUCCGAAAUGCGCCCAAGGAGACCCUCGCCAAGUCCGUGCUAGCAGAGCUGCCCCAGCAGGUCACCCAGUACUUCAAACAGCGGAAUCUACCGCCCACCAACACGGCACCGAAGUGAGACGCCCAGACGCGAGAGCGCUGCUCUAAAAGCUCGACACAACUUCUUUUCUCAGUAACGGCAAACCAUGCAGAUUGAAAAAAAUGUUUAUAUUGGCUGUGAACAAAAAAUUAGUUGUGGACAAACAAAAAAAGCACACAAAAAAGUCAACCAUUGAAGACAUCCCUGCCACUAUAUUUGCAAGGUUGUUAGUGGAUGUUUGGUCAGUAGCGAUGUUUCCAGCACACAGAACCAUGAAAAAUAACGUUUAAUAAAGGACCUUGCAUUUCUAUAGGGAUGGCAGGUGUCUCCAACAUGAUAUGGAUGUUCAUGCAUAUGCAGGUAAAACACUGGCCUUUUUGUAAGAGAAGUGGAAAACAUCUUGAUUCAUCAGGAUGUAUUUUCUUUUCUUUUUGCAUGUGUGUGUUGUUAUUGAUACCAUGUGAUGCAUACAACUUCUUGGUGUAGAGUCCCUUCUCGGCUGAAAUAUAAGAGCAGUUGAAUCCCCUCCCAUUGUCUUAUGGAUCCUUUUCAGGCAGCGGAUCGGACGAAGGCGGUUUGAUUUCGUGCUCACGUGUGGCCGACUCGCAGCCUGAGCCUGAACAGGGCACUACUUCUUGUUUUGAUUUGAGGUUUUAAUGACCAGUUGUAUGAAAUGCGAGUUUUAAAGCUCCACUAUGCUUGUUUGAUUCACGAGGACAGAAUCUGAGGAGGCCGAGGCCGUAGUGGCAGCUGUAGCACUAACGCAGGAUAGAUGUGGGAAACUUUGUGAUUUCGUUAGGCUUUUAAAUAUGGGGCCAUUUUGCUAGCUUCUGCAAAAUCCUUGUAUUUCGUAUGGCUUCAGUUUAUCCUGCAUGAUGCCAAUAUCUACGCACUGUUUACAAACUGAGGCCGAUGAUCACCAAUGCAUGUUUGUUUUUAUGUUUGUAUUCUUCAAAAUGAUGUAUUUAUCAGAUUUUGUAAAUAUUUUAAUGAGAUUAUGUGAAAAGGGCCAACACAGAUGUGUUAGAGGAGGCUGUUACUUUCAGACUUUUAUUGAUUGGAAUUGAAAGAGGAGUUUCUGAUAUGCAUAUAUAUCGAAUGUAUAUUUAUAUGAUGCUGUUCAUGUUCUGAUAAGCCAAUGUUUAUGACAUGUUUUUAAUGUACUUUUUAUGCAGUGCUGAAUUGUGUACCUAAACUACUUCUCUGUGUGUUGCUGUGCAUCUUUGUACCAAAUGUGUUGCUGUUCAUUUUCUAAAGUUGUUUCUAUGUCCUCACUCAGGUUAAUAAACUGAAAGAAACAG